AUGUAUGUACCUGACACAGGGGAUGACUAUCUAGUCUGGAAACCAGAUAGAAGAGGUAAGUUUUCUGUGAAAAGUGCAUAUAAUGCAAUAUGUAUUAAUCAUGUUAACAAUGCUAUAAUUGGAGACUAUAUUCCUAUAGAGGUUUGGAAAAAACUCUGGCACACUAGAGUUCCACAUAGGGUGCAACUUUUCAUUUGGAAAUGCUUGAGAGAUAUUGUACCUGUUAGAGGAAAAUUAGCUGUUUAUAAACCUGAUAUUGAUGCACAGUGUAGUCUUUGUACUCAUGGUACUGAAACUCUUAGUCAUCUCCUUGUUGAAUGUACCUAUGCUAGAUCUAUUUGGAAUUCCUUAAAUGUCAACAUCUCAGAUGUUAUUCAAAACUUUGAAUCUCUUCAGGAUGUAAAACCUAAUAUGCAUAGUACUCUUUCAAGAAUUUAUAAUCUCAUAAAACAAUGUGAAUUUAAUACUAAUUCUUCUAGUAUUAAUAGAAACAGGUGUAUCCUUCCUAAGGUUUGGUUUUCACCAGAUACAGGUUAUAUAAAAGUUAAUAUUGAUGCACCUUAUGUUUAUGAAACAAGAAAAGGUAGUAUUGGUCUAAUAGUUCGUGAUCAUGCAGGGUAUGCGCUUGCAGUAAAAGGCUUUAGCUUGGAGGAAGAAAUGGAAGCUGAGGUUGGAGCAGAACAUUUUGAAUGCAAAGCACUGAUCAAAGCUGUAGAAUGGAUAGAAGAACAUGGUUUCAAUAAAGGGAUUGUGGAGACUGAUUGCAAAAAUUUGGUGAACUCGAUACACAAUGAAGAUCCACAAGUGCAUUGGUUCAAUCAUCAUCUUUUUCUUUCGGUUAGAAACAAGUUUUUAAACAAUGAGUUUUGGUUUCGCAAACUAGUUAAUAGAUUAAGUAAUAGUAUAGCUCAUGAAUUAGCAAGAAAAGCUAGACUUAAAGCUAAUAAUUUCUCCUUUUCUUUUAAUUACCUUCCUGACAUUGUUAAAUGGAUCGAGGAUGAUGAUGUACUCUCUAGAAGAAUUUGA